UUUGCUUUUAUUAGAGCCUUUUGCUACAGUUUUGGUCUGUGUUUCUGUUCCUGAAUAAGAAAUCUGCAGCAGUUUGCGCGUCUACACAGUAAAAAGGUGAAGAAACACUGGUACAAAACACGUGGCAGUUGAAUAGAGUUCCUCUAUUCAUUUGGUCAAAAGAACUCAGGAGCCAAUCAGAAAAUAUUUUAACACAAAGUGUAAACAUAACAAAAACUGAACAACGAAAUAGUGUUUUGUAAUAGUGGAAAACGCGAUAACAGGAAGUAGGCGUUUAUUUAUGACGUCACGGGAAGUGAACAACAUACACAACAAAGAUGGCGCCUCCCGUCGGAACCGCCGUGCGACGAUCACACGUGGGGAAAAAGAAGAAGCCUUCAGCUCGAUACUGGCAGGAGUCACAGGAGCAGCAGCCGGGAGAAAAAGAAGAAAACAAAUCUGAAAAAGAUGGAGAGCAGAACAAAGAAUCUCAACAGGAGAAGAGGCGGAGGCCAAAGAAAAGAAAAGUGGAAGAAGUUGAAACACAUAAAAAGAAGUUUGUCUCAGGGAAGUCCGACCCGUUUCCUGGUCCGGUCAUCGUCCCAGAGGAAAGGCUGAAGAAGUUCAGGAGGGCGGAGAAGUCUAAGAAACCCCCCAGUGGUCAGUACAAGCUGAAGCGGUUAAUGGCUCACUCUGAGGUCACCACUGAGAUGGCGGAGAAGCAGGCGGCGCGCUUCGACCUCCUGCUGCCAGAGGAAGCAGGGUUCCUAGAAGCGGACGAGGGCGAGGACACGUGCACCAUCUCUCAGGAGGACAUCGCUGAGGCCGUGGACAUAACGUCAGGAGCAAAGUACUUUUCCCUGAAGCUGUCCCAGUUUGGACCGUAUCGUCUGGAUUACGGCAGAACCGGACGUCACCUUCUGCUGGGAGGGAGGAGGGGCCACGUGGCCUGUGUGGACUGGCAGACCAAGAAGCUGAUGUGUGAGAUGAACGUCAUGGAGUCGGUCAACGAUGUGAAGUGGCUCCACUGUGAGGACAUGUAUGCAGUGGCUCAGAAGAAGUGGCUCUACAUUUACGACUCCAAAGGAAUAGAGCUGCACUGCAUCCGCCAGUUCAACGACGUCCUCCGCAUGCAGUUCCUCCCGUACCACUUUCUGCUCGCCACCGCGAGUGCCACAGGUUUCCUGCAGUACCUGGACGUGUCCGUGGGUAAGGAGGUGGCGGCCAUCUGCACCAAGACCGGUCGACUGGACGUGAUGUGUCAGAAUCCUCGUAACGCCAUCGUCCACCUGGGACAUCCAAACGGGACGGUCAGCCUGUGGUCCCCCAACCAGAAGGAGGCGCUGGUCAAGAUGCUGUGCCACCAGGGCGGCGUGCGAUCCGUGGCUGUGGACAAGACGGGGACAUACAUGGUGACAUCUGGGAUGGAUAAGAAGCUCAAGGUCUACGACGUCCGAGCCUACAAGCCGCUCCAGUCCUACUUCCUGCCUGCCGGAGCUUCCUGUUUGUCCCUCAGUCAGAGGGGCUUACUGGCUGCAGCCACGGGGGACGUGGUCCAGGUGUACAGAGACGUGUGGACCACGGCCGUGACCAAACCCUACGUGGCCCACAGACUGAGAGGGACAGUGUGGGGUCUGCAGUUCUGUCCCUUUGAGGACGUCCUGGGGGUGGGACAUGGAGAGGGCUUCACCAGCAUGCUCGUCCCAGGUGCUGGGGAGCCGAACUUUGAUGGUUUGGAUGCAAAUCCUUACGGCAACAAGAAGCAGAAGCAGGAGUGGGAGGUCAAGGCUCUGCUGGAGAAGAUCCAGCCAGAACUGAUUGGUCUGAACCCUGGGGAACUGGGAAAAGUGGACCACGCCUCUUUCCAACGGAGACAUCAGGACAGAGUUGAAGCUUUGGGCUACGAUCCUCUGGCCAAAGAGAAAUUUGUUCCCAGGUAUAAGAAAAAGGGUCGCAGUUCUACUGGUCGUAUUGAAAAGCGCAAGAAACAAGUGGCCCACGAGGACCAGAGGGAGGUCAUCAAACAGACGGUGGAGGACAGAAUGAAGGUGGAGAAGGAGAGGCUGGAGAAGGAGAAGAAGGAGGCGUCGUUGUCCAGCAACACAUCGGCUCUGGACAGAUUCAGGAAAUAGGAAACCAUGAGUCACUGUGCGGGGGCGGAGGGGGGAGGGCGGGGGAUCUUUGAACUCCAUAUAAGGAACUUCUUUGUGGACAUCGAGGGACCAGUCAUAAACUAGAACUUCUAAAAACUCUUGAGGCCCCUCUGACCUCUGACCUCUGUUCUACAGACUGAGGAGCUGCUGUGGACGACACUGAAGUUUCUGUCAUUAAAAGUCGGGUCUUUGUCUUUUUAAAGUCAGUCAUUGAAAAUGAUGUUCAUAAAAAAAAAAACUUUUUUGUUUUUGUGUUUAAAAUUUUGAAGCUUUUCAUUCGUCUGCUUCACCAGGGUCAGCAGGGGGCGCUGUAGUCACUGCAGUCA